AUGGAAGCUUCAGGGCCGCCCCAGGCCAGGAGGUGCGGCCCGGAGACCCUGGGGAAGCUUUUCCCCAGCUUCUGCUUCCUCGGCUGCCUGGUCACCUAUGCGCUGCUGGGAGCUGUGCUCUUCUCGGCCAUCGAGGGCCACCCGGUGCUGGGGGCGCCGGACAAUCGGGAGUUUGAGGAGUUCCUGGAGACGCUCUAUGGCAUCUUGGACUGCAACAGAACAGCGGUGGAAGGCAGGAAGGAGGCCGUGCGGGUGCACCUGCAGCAGCUGAAACCACAGUGGUUUCACGGGCCGGCCGACUGGACGUUCCCCAGCGCGCUGUUUUUUUGCUGCACUGUGUUCAGCACCGUGGGUUACAGCCGCAUCUUCCCGGUCACCAGGCUGGGCAAGUACCUGUGCAUGCUGUACGCCCUCUUCGGCAUCCCGCUGAUGUUCCUGGUCCUCACCGACAUCGGCGACAUCCUGGCAGCCGUGCUAUCCGCAUCUUACGGUCGGCUCCGGAAACUGCCUUUCCUCACCCCCCACCCCUCCAAGUGGUGCUCGCGACCACCACCGCCGGGGAGACAGCCAGAGGCCACUCGGGGAGGGGACGCCACCGCCGGCCCGCAGAUCGUCAUCAGCGCCGAGGAGCCCCCGGACCCCAAGCCUGGCAGGUGUCCCGCAGCCGCAAGCUGCAACACGGAGCUGUUCGAGAGACUUCUCACCAGGGAGAAACAGAACAGCCUACAGCUGCCGCCGCGGGCUGUGGAGAGGAGCAGCUCGUGUCCCGAGCUGGCCAUGGGGCGCUUCUCCUACUCCAUCAUCAGCAACCUGGACGAGGUGGGGCGGCAGGUGGAGACCUUGGACGUGCCCCUGCCCGUCGUCGGCCUGGUCGUGUUCGCCUACAUUUCCUGUGCGGCGGCCAUCCUCCCCUUCUGGGAGACGAAGCUGGACUUCGAGAACGCCUUCUACUUCUGCUUUGUCACCCUGACCACCAUCGGGUUUGCGGACACAGAUCUGGAACACCCUCACUUCUUCCUCUUCUUCUCGCUCUACAUCCUCGUGGGCAUGGAGAUCCUGUGCAUCGCCUUCAAGCUGGUGCAGACCAGGCUGGUGCACGCCUACAAGAGCCUCCUGCUCUUCUUCGCCAAGGGCAAGUUCAACGACCUCGUGCGAGAGUGAAGGCUCCCGGGAUGAGCUGGGUUCUGGGCCCUGUCUUCCGGGGCAGCGUGGUCAGAACUGGUGGCGCUAAGUAGCCUGUCACCUGAGACUUCGGGGUGUGGAGACACAUCCAUGGGGUGGGGGGGGCUUCGCUCAGUCUUGAGGUCCCGUAGAAUGCACUGACCUGCUUUCCUGGUAGGAUAUAAGGGGAAAAACAAACCCUCUCACCACCCUCUGAAGUCCAGUUAAUUCCCGUCUGCAUUUUUUAAAAAAGGCACAUGCCCCGUAUCCAGACAAAACAGUCUCUGGGUGCCACUGGUUUCCUUGUGACAUGAGAAAAAAGUCACCCUCACUCCUGGGAUUCGUCCUUCCAGCUACGGUCGAUGUCUCCCCGAGUCACUCCCUGUUCCCUUCCGUGAGCAAACGGCUGCACGAAUGCAUGCAUGAGCAGCCCGGCCCCGGCCUGGGGGAGCGCACGGAUGCCACCCGAGAUCACAGUGGCCUGGGUACCUCCUGCUCGCCCCUCUUUCCUUACAUGGCCUGGGGAUGGCGCCUGCAGAGUGAGCUGCGUUGGGCACAAGUUGACACGUAGGUGGAUGGUUAGUUCCUGAAAGGGUUGGCGUGCACUGGGUGGACGCACACCUGAGCUGUUCCUGGAUGGGGUGGCACUGGGUGGGCAGCUCGGGGUCGCUGUCCCCGCACGCCCUGGCACCCCAGCGCCAUCUGCCUGAAGACUUUCUGCUUUAUAACAUGGGCACAACCAGGGCCACACAGAAGCGCCCAGGUGUUGGCAUUUUGGG